AUGUUUAUUCCAACAAUUUCAGAUAUGAAACUUCGAAGUGCUAUUCAGCACAGUGUAAGAAACUUUUCCGCUGGGAAAGUCUUACUGUCAAGAUUCAGAAGCGCCACAACGCCAAUAUUGAAAGAAAUUGGACUUCUCUUGCCAUCAACUAAUAAACCAACAUUUGAAGCUGGACAAAUUUUCAUUCACAAAACAUUUGCUUACAAAGGAGUCGUUGUUUGCUCUUUUCCAUGUAGAUUACAUGAAAAAAGAAGUCAACAAAACGAAAAGCAUCUUCUUACGCGUGAUUUCUACCAAGUUCUCAUUCAUCGCUAUGACUGGAGUCAUAUGGGAUUCCCAGUAGAUAUUACAUCGUAUUUGGUAGAUGCACCAAUGGAGAAUAAAAGACACGGACAAAAAAUGUUGACUCUAAUCAAUGGUAUGGACUGUGUCUCACAUGAAGAUAUUAUCCCAUUUACUCCAUCCGGAGGUGUCAAUUUUGACCACGAUCUCUUCGACCACAUUUUCAACGCAUCUCACGAUGGCAUUGGACUUUAUGAUAUUGCAAUGAAGCCAGAACUUGUUGAAAGAUACACAAAUCCAAACAGAUCAUGGCUUGGACCUCGUGACGUCUAUCGGGAAAGAACUGAAAACAUAGAAGUAACUGUGAUGACUUUCUAUCUUGGUGCCAAUAUGGUUGGUGGACAGCAGCAGCAUAUGUGGAGAUAUGUCAUCAGGAUCGAGAAUAAAAAACCAGAAAACGGGGUGAUUUUAAGAGAAAGAACACUCAAGGUAUAUUCAUUAAACAAUAUGAAUCAAAUGCAUGGACAUGGUGUCGUGGGAAAGCAACCUGAAUUGAACGCAGCAACUCCGGCUUUCCAAUUCAGCAGUACACUUGAACUGAAACAUACGAAAGGCGGACACAUGUGGGGUCGUUUUAAAAUGGAAAGGGAGAACGGCGUUCUUUUCGACGUUCACAUUCCUACAAUCGUUUUCGAGUCAACGGAAGAAAUCAAUGAAACUCCAAUUGCAGCUCCGGACGCAGCUUAAUCGAUAAAUAAUUGUUUAAACGCUGACAGCAAUGUACAAAAAUUUUCUUCAGUUGUAGGAAAAAUGACUAUUGGUGUUUCUGGUGCCUUAACCCCUUGUUUGAACUUUAAAUAUUUUUGUGUAUUUCCAGGUGAACUUAGAUACAAUCUUUCAAUGAACUUUUUUUGAUUUGUAUGAAUGUCAAAAUUACUA